AUGAUUUCAUGGUUCCCUGUGCGACGGCCAGAUUCCGACAGCCGACUGGAUUGCUUCUUCAACUGGCAGGUCCACGUGGUUCAUUCCGAUGAGACCACAAUGGUUGUCUCUCGGGUGACAAGGGCGGACAAGAAGAUUCAAAGCGGCUUCAUUGUCCAUCGUAAGGAAUUCUUGGGCAUCAAAUCGACCGUGGAAGACUACGCCAACGAGACUCAAGUUGAGCUGGCCAACCUCAUUGCUGCCGUCUCUGCGACGCAACUCGGACAGAGAGAAAAUGGCAGACGCAAUUUUUCAAGGUAUGUGAAGUCAAUCAAGCUGCGCAAGACUAGCAUAGCUCUGGACACAAACGCCAUCGUUUUGCACUCAGCCAACUCGGGCGCUGGUGACGUGGUCAUCAAUUUGCCAUCCAGUCCUGGUGGACACGAGGCGGAUCCUGUCGCUUUCACCAAGUCCGACCACACGCGGAGCCAUGUCUGGGUACGACGAAAUGAUGGUCCCGCAGAAAACAGCCCUUUAUCCCCGGAGGCCCCGGUGAAUCCGCCAUCUGUCCAGAAACAGACUCCAACAGCCAUAUACACUGUCGAUUCCUUUCCUCCUGCUCAAGAACCCUUCUACCAGUCCGACGGCGCGCCUCAGGUUGCCGGCAGUAUUGCGUCGCCGGGAGAUAUGGCUGUCAUCUGGUACCCUGAUGGCCAAGUCGUGCAUGUGCGCCUGGAGCCUCUGCCCCUUACGCCGCUGCAACAGCGACGUGUCCAGAAUGGCACACAGCCGAUGACAGAGCGCCAGAAGCAUCGGUGGAACCGUCGUGUUAGGGAACAAUUCAGGAACCCUGACACUGGGGCUGUCGCGACGAGCGUUGAAGAGGCUCUUACCAAUCACGAGGCCUUCAUCGACCUUGGCAAUCAGCGUCGCCCCCUUUGCGUGAGCGAUGUGACCAAGUCCAGCGCAUCAUCCGCAGGAAUGAUCGUGCGAGGGAUAGUGGCAAUCGCCGUCGUGCCGCGCGGGCUGGUGAUCGAUCAAGAGCGGCUGUCUCUACUCCGGCUCCAGUCACAGCUCAUGACGAUACCGUCGCUCCAGCCUCCGUGGAAACGCCUGCCGCGGACCCAGCUCCAGCUCCUGUGGAAAUGCCUAUCGCGGAGUGCGCCCCAGCGCCAGAAGAAACAUCUGCUGCGGACCAGGCCCCAGCUGCCGCGAGUCGACCGCAAGCACGCUCCAACUCCUCCAGGAUACGGCCCUGUCCGAGCGGCCAUCCAGGCACUUGCAGCGCGCGCGGACGUCGACGCCAUAUCCCGAGUCCACCGCUCUCCUCAGCACCGUGUUGAGGAACCCGGCGUCCCUGCAACCGGACCUGAGCUCCAGUCCCCAAGUGAGCAACCUGUCGACGAGCCAGCAGAGCCCAUCGCCCAGCCUCCUGUCGAACACGUCUCAGAGGAGCCUGCCCAGCCUGCAGCUCAGCAGUCACCGCAGCAGCUGUCCGUGCACCCCAGUGAUGCUGCCUCUCAGCUGCCUGUUGAGUCCAGCUCUGCUCUCUCUGUGGAGUCCACUUACAGGCGGCACCUGAUUGGACAUUCAUCUCAGCAGCCUCCGGAUCAGGCCAGUUCGAGGCGACUCCCGGGCAUGCUUUUCAGCCGCGAUCAAAUCCGCGCGAGGGCCCGUCAGUUUACCGCCGUCUCCUCACGCCAUCUCGACAGCUUGAGAGCGUCCCUUGUCGAGAGGGAGAACGUCGCGGUGGUAAUUCAGCACGCGUACGACGACAUCGGUGACCUCCUGGCUUCGCGGGAGGAAUUGAUAUCUCGGACAGAUGAGGAAGUUCGCUCUCGUCUGGCGGGCGCAGAAAGGGAAGUUUCAGCUCGGUUGGCGGUUGUGAGUCAGUCCGCCACGGCCAGCCCCGACAACCCGACCCCCAGUGCACCACGGCCUCCUGCCUCGGAUCCUGUUGUUCCUGUCAUAGACAGGCCUGCCUCCUCUCCGGCACGACCCACGUCUGGUGUCUCUCAGCGUGCGCCCGAGCCAGCGGUCCAUGACAACUCUCUCCUCCGCGGGAUACAUGAGCAGCGGGAGCAGAGGCGCGCAUCCGCGGGGGGUCAAAGCCUGCAGCGAGAUCAGCCUCCCACUCGUGCUUACGGGGACGACGUUGACCAGCCAAGGCCUCCCCCGGCACUUGACAUCCACUCAGUGGAGCGCGUUACGAUCCCUUAUGACGAGAUCAUCCAUAUUGCGAGCCGCUUCCAGGUCAUUCGGUCUCGCAUGGGUUCCAUGAGCUUCAGCUUGUGGCUUGAACAGAGUGGUGGAGCACGCUUCGUGGUGAUCAGUGGGCUGAGGCGUAGGUUCAGCAGGCCCACAGUGUACUCUUUGGUACUGCUCGUGGAUAAGGUGAAAUGCAGUAUAGGGGAUUGA